CCCGGAUUUAAUAAUACAAACAAAAAAAAAAGAUGCAACAAAAUAACAUGUACAUGUGGACACCCACAACGGAUUCAAGCCAUGUAGGUCCAAUGGAAGAUGAUAUUGAACUGUUUGGGCAAUUGAAUCAGGGUAUGACGUAUCCAAGUCCAUUUGAUUAUGCACAACCUCCAAUGCCGAAUGCCAAUGAAUAUUUCCAGCAAUCCUCUGCCAUUUAUCCCAUGGUUUCCCCUAUGGUCUCCCCUCCUACGGUCGAUCUCACUGAAGCGGUGGCGCGUAUGAACAUGCAAGAUUAUGGUCACAGACAAAGAUUGUCACUCAGCUCCAAUCUGAGCUUGGACAUCCAACCUUGUAUCUCCAUCACGGAGCCUACACCCAUUCAUCGUCUAAAUCAAGUGGAUGAUUUCAUUGAUCGACAUUUCACACAACUCAGUCAACAACAGGAACAGCAGGAACAACAAGAAAGAGACAAUCUGACACAGUUGAUGGACCCUUCCUUUAUUGAUGAUUUAUUGCUUGCUGAAACCGGUGAUGGCUCUACAACAGAUUGGCUUAGUUGGACACCAGCCAGAGGUAACUCACCUGUCUCUGUUGGUAGUCAUUCAUUUGAAGAUAAUCAGUCUAUUUACUCAACCUCACCCGAGCCCAAUUCCUUCUUUAAUCUCUUGAUGAGUCAACCACAGGAGCCUGUACUCGGUAGCAGUUAUCCUUCACCUUCUUACUCUGAGUUCAAUAAUAAUACAUUAUCUGUCAAGAAAUCUAACAAUCGCUCACGUCGAGUAUCUGAACCUCCCAAGCCUUCGUAUUCCAUCUUUGAAGAACAUUCAGUGACAUCUAACACAGAUAGAUCCGUGCGUCGAAGUCACAGUGAUAAACGAUCCAGGUCAAAUUCCAAUGCGUCUCCCUUAACUAGCACGGCCAGCCAUCCAUGUCUCUAUCCUGGCUGUGGCAAGUCAUUUACCCGACCCUACAACCUCACCUCCCACAUGCGCACACACACGGCAGAUCGUCCUUUUGCAUGCACUGAAUGUGGUCGUAAAUUUGCUCGACAACAUGAUCGUAACCGACAUGAAAAGUUACAUUGGGGCGUCAAGCCUUAUGCUUGUAGCCAUUGCAAGAAACCUUUUGCAAGAAUGGAUGCAUUAAAUCGACAUUUACGUGUAGAAAAUGGAUGUAGUAGCAAUACGAGUCAACCAUCAUUUUAACCGUCUUCUUUUUUCCCUCUCUCUUUAUAUAUACCCCCCCCCCCCACCUCCCCUUCUUUUUUUUUCCUAUGACUGGAUUUAUUGGAAAAAAUAUAUAUGUAUAGCUUGUAAUAAAUGUGUGCGUGUGCUGAUAUUUGUUUAUAAAAAAGAAAGUAGUG